UAGCAGGGACCGAGGUGCGGGGAGCGUCGCCCUUUGGGGAGAAAGAUGACAGUAGUGCCUGGAGAGAACCUGGAUGAGACUGUGGCACUGGCCGCCCUGUCCCAGGAUGUCUAUGACCCGGAGAGAGCCGACCAGGAAUGCUGUGAGAGGGUGGUCAUCAACAUCUCAGGGCUGCGCUUCGAGACGCAGCUAAAGACCCUCGCCCAGUUCCCCACCACCUUGCUGGGAGACCCGAGGAAGAGGAUGCGCUUCUUUGACCCCCUGAGGAACGAGUACUUCUUCGACAGGAACCGACCCAGCUUCGAUGCCAUCCUCUACUAUUACCAGUCUGGCGGCAGGCUCAGGAGACCCGUCAACGUGCCAGUGGACAUAUUCAUGGAGGAGAUAAAAUUUUACGAACUAGGGGAGGAGGUGAUCGAAAAUUUUAAGGAGGAUGAGGGUUUUAUUAAGGAGGAAGAGCGCCCGUUGCCAGACAACGAGUUCCAGCGGCAGGUUUGGCUCCUGUUUGAGUAUCCAGAGAGCUCCGGACCUGCCAGGGGAAUAGCAAUAGUUUCUGUGCUGGUUAUUCUCAUAUCCAUUGUGAUUUUCUGCUUGGAGACUUUGCCCGAAUUCAGAGAGGACGGCAGAACGUAUGACGACCACCUGGUGGUGAACGGAACUAUACGCGCAAAGAAGCCCAAUCCGUUCACAGACCCGUUUUUCAUCGUGGAGACGCUCUGCAUCAUCUGGUUCUCCUUCGAGCUGCUGGUCAGGUUCCUCGCCUGUCCGAGCAAGCCCGCCUUCUUCAAAAAUAUCAUGAACACCAUCGACAUUGUGGCGAUCAUGCCAUACUUUAUCACACUGGGUUUGGAGUUAGCCGAGCACCAAGGCAACGGCCAGCAGGCCAUGUCUCUGGCCAUCCUGAGGGUCAUCCGCUUGGUCAGGGUCUUCAGGAUCUUCAAGCUCUCCAGACACUCCAAAGGUCUCCAGAUCCUCGGGAAAACUCUCCAAGCCAGCAUGCGAGAGCUGGGACUGUUGAUAUUCUUUCUUUUCAUAGGGGUCAUCUUGUUCUCCAGCGCGGUGUACUUCGCAGAGACAGACGACCCGGAGUCGGGCUUCAGCAGCAUCCCUGACGCCUUCUGGUGGGCCGUGGUGUCCAUGACCACGGUGGGCUACGGAGACAUGUGUCCGGUCACCAUCGGAGGGAAAAUCGUCGGCUCUCUGUGCGCCAUAGCCGGAGUGCUGACCAUCGCUUUACCCGUUCCCGUCAUCGUCUCCAACUUCAACUACUUCUACCACAGGGAGACGGAGCACGAGGAGCAGUUCCAGUACACUCAUGUAACUUGUGGCCAGCAGCAGCCUUCAUUUGGCGAGUUCAAAAAGAGUGACAGCAAGCCGUCACUAUCCAAAUCAGACUACUUGGACAGUGACGACGCAGACUCAAUAAAAUACACCAACUGCAGCCCGCACAAAACGUACAGUGGGAAGCUUACCGAUGUAUGAUUGCCGAAAUUACGCAUCAAGUGGUGCGCUGAGAAACGCGCGUUUCUUUCAGUGAGUACAUCACCAUUCUGCGCUCUGGCUUGAGUAGACUGGCAAGCUCUUAUUUCUGGUAUCAAGGAAUUAUUUAGUAGAAUAUCAU